AUUAUAUCGUCACUCCAUUUUACUUUUUGAACGUAUCAUCAGUCUUACUUUGAAAUUCCUACCUUACCUGUUUUUAUCUGCUCACACACUCUUCUCGCUCAAACCCAAUGUGCUAAACUUCUAUGGCCCAACGUGUCUUGUUCUAACUUGCAAAGCGAAAGAGGGAACCUGUGAUAGAAGAAGGGAGAGGGAUAGGCGCCUUGAAAGAGAGAUCAUGAUUCCUAGGAAGACAACAAUAUGGAUUCCCCCGAGUCAAAUGCGUCCCUGGAACGAUCGACCUCACAACUCUCUACAACCUCAAAUUCCGCUAGGAUCUCUCGGAACCACUCGACGCGCGCGAAAUCUAAGCCUAGGAAACUGAUCUCACAGCCUUCAAGUUCGGCUUCGUCUGUCGCCGCUUCGGACAAGUCCCUCACUUCAUUCCCUUCCUUCUCUCCUCAGUCUCCGCGCCACGAACACUCCUUCGCUACUCCCGAGUCCAACCAUGCUUCAAUGCAUAACAUCGAGAGCAAGAUAUCCGAGACUCCCAUCAAGACUUCGAUUGUCGACACUUUAAUCUCAUCCGAGACCCAUAAGACGGCGCGCAAUGCGCUAUUUGACGACACCCCUUUAACGACACAGAAGAUACCGGGUGCUCUUCACCACGCCAACGACGAACAUAUCGAACGUUUAAUUGCGAAGCAUGGUGCCGUUCACCUUGUGCGCCAAGUCGCAGAGGACCUAGCCCACCGCGACCUCCAGAUCGCUAAAAUACGAAGAAGAGCAGACGAGAGGGAAAGAGCGCUGAGAAAGAUCAUACUAGGCUGUGGAUUAUCAAAUUUGGAUCUCGAAACUAAGUUGCGAUCGGUCGAAGCGGAGCUCCAGGCGCAGGACAAGUCAAAAUGCCCAUCUACUGGAGACGUUUCCGGUAUGAUGAGUGACGCGAUACAAGAUUCGCUAUCGUACAAUGUGUUGGGUCUGAAUGACGUAAAUGAUGCCACACUUAGAGCGAGUAGUUUGUCCGUCCCAAGAGACAAUGCUACAAGUAAAGGCACCAUGAAGGCUUGGAAAGAAUAUCUCUGGGGUGGAACGAGCAGAAAGCCGAGCAGAGCAGGCAGCAUUAACGAGGAAAUCGGAAAGACCGUCAUUCACGCACCUACGCCCGUGGAUCGCCGACCUCCUAUACAGGAGGAUUUGUUCGUGCCGCUCAACGUGGAUUCAGCUCGAAGUUCUAGUCGCGCUUCGAGUAUUUAUUCUGAGAACACAACGAGGAAACCUUCAGCUUCAUUUGCAAGUAUGGCCUUGCAACUAGUCGCUGGGAAGGGGACUUCAGUUCGCGAUUCGGAUUCUACAAGGGGACGGUCAGAUUCAGCGGGCCAGGGUGGUUCUGUGAGGUCAUCAUCGAAUGCUAGCGCCAAGACGGGUGCCUCGAACCGCGGAGUGUCCACGCAAGGAGGGCCUAAAUCGCUCAUGUCAAUGCGGCGUAGUACUCCUAAACCUCCGAGUAUACAAUAUUCUCAGCCACGUGAGAGAUGGAAUAGUGUAGGCGCUAAUCCCGAGAAUUCGUCAGCGACGAGAUCGGAUAACUUUGGCCCUGUAGAAAUGGAUACAAUAUUUUCUCCCGAAGGCCAGCCGCCGGCUUUGUCGCAACUAUACAAUAAUUACAACAAUAGCGAACAUUUGAUCGAUCGCUUCGGCUUCAUUUACGACCAGCGUCGAAAGAAGAGGCAGCGUGAAGCAGCUCAGGUCGCUCUUCAAAUGAAGAAAGGGCACGAAAUGCUUUCUGGUGGACGAUCUGGCAUCUCUCCCAAUUUAUUAGAGGAAGAGCCAGGGUCUAAUGGUGAUGCCGGGAACGAUGAUCGUCCAGAGAGCCCGACAUCGAUCGAAGGCCCGAUUGAACAAGGUAAAGCGAAGAGAUGGCAGGACUAUCUUAAGAUUGCAACUUUCCCGACAGAGCUUCUGUCACAUACUCCCUCAAUAAUGGCUUCGAAUAUAGAAGUACUCGAAGGGACGGAGCAUCCCAGGUCUCCAAGCAUGAUAAAUUCAGACGAGCGUGGCUUUGUUCCAUCCGCGAGUACCACCAUUUCGGCUUUAGGUAGAGAGACAAGCCCGCAGCCGGAAGGAGAGUCUGCUAUUGCUACGUUGGUGCACGAGGAUGUCGAGGCAGUGAAGCUUUUAUUGAAACAAUUGAACGAUGUUCAUGAUAAUCUACAGAGAGAAAGAUCCGUCCGCUGGAACGAGUUUUUACGAAAAGUGCGUGCCGAGCGUCGACGCGAGGGUGAGGCUGCGGCAGCUAACGCGGCAGCUGCAGCCGAAGCUCGAUUCCAAACUGCGCCCGUUAUGAUCCCGGAGGCCAAACUUACCGACGGUGAGACCAUCGGUAUUGCGGAUCUCGGAGUGAAGGGUAAAGUUGGACGCGCGAAAUGGAACGAAUUCAGAAACCUGGUGCUUGGCGGUAUUCCUGUGGCGAAUCGUCCAAAGAUCUGGGCAGAAUGCUCUGGUGCUCUUUCUAAGCGAACUCCGGGCUACUACCACGAUCUUGCUACUCGAUCUAGCGAGACCGACGACGCUGUUGUGAUCUCUCAGAUUGAAAUGGAUAUUAACCGUACGUUAACCGACAACAUAUUCUUCCGCAAAGGCCCUGGAGUUGAGAAGUUACACGAAGUGCUCCGGGCGUAUGCUAGACAUAAUCCCGAAGUUGGAUACUGCCAAGGAAUGAAUCUGAUAGCUGCAAAUUUGCUGCUUAUCAUGCCGUCUGCCGAAGAUGUCUUCUGGGUUUUCGUCUCGUUCAUCGAACGUAUCCUACCGCAAGGAUACUACGACCACAGCUUAAUGGCAUCCCGCGCCGACCAACAAGUCCUACGCCAAUACGUCGCCCAGGUCCUCCCGAAGCUAUCGCAGCAUCUCGACGUGCUGAGUAUCGAGCUCGAAGCCUUGACCUUCCAAUGGUUCCUCAGCGUGUUCACCGACUGCCUCUCAGCUGAGGCCCUGUUCCGCGUCUGGGACGUGGUUCUCUGCAUCAACGACGGAAGCACGUUCCUAUUCCAAGUCGCGCUCGCACUCCUCAAACUCAACGAGAGACAGCUCCUCCAAUGCGAAACCCCAGCUUCAGUGUACACAUACAUCAACCAUCAGAUGACCAACCACGCCAUUAGCAUCGAUGGCCUAAUCCAAGCGUCCGAGGGGCUCAGGAGAGUCGUCCGCAGAGAAGAAGUCGAGGAUAGACGCGCUAAGGCGAUCGAGGCUGAUAAGCAGAUGAUGAAGGAACGCGAGGAACGUAGCGCCGCUUGGCGCGCACAGAAGGGUCUUUCGGCGCCGGCCCUUGUUACCGAGGAGAGCGUGUCAGCGCUGCCGAGCCCGGCGCCUCGUCCGAGAGAGGAUAGCGAGAGUAGCAGUAUCGUCGCACUGAGCGUCUUAGACGACGACGACGACGUCGGUGCGAGGGGAAGCGUAAGCGCGUCGACGCCAUUGCCGACGGAGGAAGAGGCUUCGUUUGGACUGGGAUGAGCGGUUGUUGAUAUAAGAGUAGGAGAAGGAAGGAGUAGAAAUAUAAAAACAGAGCAAAGAGGAGUAAAAUCAAGGAAAGUGGGAUAAGGGGGAAUUAUACCCUCGGAGUUGGAAUUGAAAGAAUAUACCUUGUCUUAGCAGCGCGGAGUAUCGAUCGAUCGACCGAAUCUUACACAUAGAGGAGCGUCUUCUUGUGUUGUUGAUUUAUAAUACGUACUUCCUGGUAUGUGUGCGCGCUUGUGGUGGUUGGUUUGCUUGCUUGAUUUUUUUUUUUUGGACCGUGGUCUUUUUUUGUGUGCGUUUUCUUUUUUGUCUUAGAUGAAGAGAUUGGACCUGCAUCUGCGUGCAUGCCAUGAUACCCCCUCCUUGCACUUUUUUAUUUAAAAAACUUGAGUUAUAUUGAAUACCUGCCUAUUCGGUAGGUAUUGUUGGUCGAGAAGGAUGGGAUGGACAAGAUGGGUGAGAAGGGAUGGGUGGGUGGUGGUUUGGGAUAGAAGCUGAAAUAAAGGAGAGAGUAGAAGAGAUGAGAUAAGAGAAGGAAUUGCAAAGGUCUCCUGAUAUACAAUGUCUGCGCGUUUACAGAGACUUGCAUAGUACCUGUGUAUGUCUACCAUAGCACAAGGACAAGGUGGUGCGGUGCUAGGGCACACGAGAUACCGGCAUCUGGAUAAUCUGGAUUGUGUGCUGCUUCUGCGGCCACUAGACAAGAUCUGGUUGAUCGAAAAGGGGGACAGACCGA